AUGAGUCCUCACGAGCCAGGGUCGGUGUAUGACCUCACCAUGUUCCGAAGCCGCCUGGACCAACACACUCAAGCGCUCGCGAAGGACGACUACGACGACACCAUCAACGACAACGGGGAACUGUUCCGAGAGCAUCCUACCUCGUGGGCAGUCCUUGUGGACAAGGGAUAUAUCGGCCUUGCGGCGUCGGCGCGUGCCAUACAUCCGAAGAAGAAGCCUGUGAGUGGCACGUUAGACCGAUUCGACAUGGACAGGAACAAGGAAGUUUCUUCUGACCGUGUCGUUGUCGAAAACUUCUUUGGCCGGAUGUGCUCGCUUUGGAAGGUGUCCUACGCAACAUUUGUAUGGGGUGAGAAACUCUAUGAUGACAUUCAGCGAUUCACGUUUGCCCUUACCAACUUCCACGCGACUUUGAUGCCCUUGCGCCUCGAGGACAAUGACCACUAUCGUGCCGUCAUGGCACGCUACAAGAGUAUGGCAGCUGAGAACACCUCAAAGAGAGCUGCGAACCAACGCAGGUACCUACAGCGCCGUGCAGAGCGGUUUGCGACGGAAGCUGCCCGCGCCAGCCGUACUUCGCGGGGCACAUUCUUGUCUCCCAUGGUGAGUGGUCGCCGCUGA